GUUUGAGGUUAGAAGUUAAAAACCACGAAAAUGAAAGUAUUUACUCAAAUAUUUUUCGUUUGAGGAAAGUGAACGAUGUAAAUAUUCGAAAAUGAACGCGUUACUGAUACUGUGUUUCAUAUUUCUGGCUAUUUACUCUUGUGUGUCGUGGCUGUUGCCAAACCUAUUAGCAUGGCUGUUCAUGAGGAAGUACCACAUCAAGUUGAAGAUUGGAAGGAUUGCGGUACCUAAACUGAUCCUUAAAGAUGUCAGCCUGUCUAAAGAUGGAUAUUUUAUCCACAUCAAUGAAAUAUCAUUUCGGAGCAGUUUUUUCAACUCGGAAAUCAACAAGCUGGUUUCCGUUGUAAUGCAAGGGCUGGAGAUAACGAACAACGCAGAGGAAAAGAGAAGCGUUGUCGUUGAAACUAUUCUCAAGCCGUUACUAUCAAAGCAGAACUCGUUGAACACAAAAGGCGAAGACGAUGACCUGGACAAUGUUAUAUUGAAUUCCGAUUUGAACGGUGGAUGCCAGAGGAAAUGGUUGGAUUUCCGGGAUAAGAAACUGCCGCCUAGUUUGAUUAUGUUUGCUCAGUUCAUGGGCGUACACAUAUACAACGCGUCAGUCACCAUACACAACGGUACAGCAGAGGAGUCGUUCACUCUCCGCGCGCACGCGGCGGAGGUGCACGCGGACGGCGCGGCCGGCGGCCCGGCGCGUGCGCUGGUGUUCUCGGCCCACGUGCUCCAGGCGCGCGCUACGGUAGACAGUGGGGGACGGUGCUUGGGGGAGGCCGGGUGCAGUGUGCUCGUCGAGGGCACUGUCAAAGCUGAGGGACCAUUGAAUGUUGAGAAAAUUCACGCAGUGGUUAGCAACACGACGAUAUCAUUCCAUGACGAACUGUACAACUUGAUACAGAAGAAUAAACGACAGAAGAAGCCUUCUGCGAGGAGUGUGGACUAUGAGGAUGAAAUGGCCACGCUGAUACCGAGAUUGUCACCUGUCAUACCAAAGAUAUUUAGUUUAAGAAUAGACUCGACAGCAGUUACUUGCACAGACAACACCACUAAGACCAACUUUAUGAUGUCACUACAGAGUUUACAAAUCAAUUCCCGAUUCAGUGCAGCGUCUGUACACAUAGGUGAGAAUGGCAACGAGGUGUUAGGCCUACCCCAAGUGUACGUGGCUUUCCAAAUGGACCAGUACCAGCUGACGGCUGGCGAUGAGAAGCUGCUGUUCUUGAACAAGCUGAAGUUGGAUGCAAAGUUGGAGAAAGGCGUGUUGAAUCUGUAUCUAAUCAUAAGCACGCUGGGCAUCAUAUACAGUCACAGUGACGUGUUCAAGUGGUAUUCCUCACUGAUGAACAGAAUAAAGAGGACGAAAGCAUUGCAAGCUAAAGAGACUGUAGCGAAACCACCAUCGACCCCGCCGUGGAUGUCGCGAGUGUUCUCAGCGUGCGUGGUGCAAGGCUGCGCGGAGCUGCGCGGCGUGACGCUGCACGCGCAGCUGGGCGCCGGCCGCGCGCUGGCCGCCGGCUGCGGCGGCGUCAAGGUCAAGCUGGACCAGCUGCUGGAUACUAGAGAAGAAGCAUACAAGUCCACAAUGGCGCGUCUAGUAGUGGGUUCCCGGCACUGGAGCACUGAGUUGUUAGUGGACGCGGGGUGGGCGGCGUUCGGGCCGCGGGCGUUGGCCCUGCGCGAGGCUCCGCCGAGGAAGCAGCACGCGUGGGGCUCUGCCCUACUGGCUGUUGCCUUGGUCAAAUGGGGCAGUCAUGGGCCUAGGGAUUCUAAGGUGGAAGCAAUGAUGGACUGUUUACGCCUGGAAUGGUCAUCAACAGUAGCAGAGACAGUCAUAGCCCUCGUGGACUGCUUCUACUCCUACCGUCCACCUUGUCCUAAGCAGGCUCCGCCCCCUCCCACACCCGCCCCCGACACUCCUUGCAACGUAUCAGUGAAUGUUGCUCUAUCCCAUAUAAAUCUAUUCCUAAUAGUGAAUGAGUCCAUGUGCCUUAUGACCAGAGUUGAUGCGGUGACAAUAGAGAAGACAACCAGUAAAUCUGGUGCCGUCAUUUCAGGGUUGAAGAUUGUUGAUAUGGUGCCGUACAAAGGAAACAUGCAAUGCUACAGAUCAGACGAAAUCGCUACAACAUUCUUCCAUGUUCGUCUGGCUAGAGUAGAAAACGUCACAUCCAAAGGGAAAAAGUCAUCUCUCCUAGACAUCCAGUUUCUGGAGACCGUCGACCUUGAGUGGAGUGCCAACUUGCACCUCAAAAUACUAGCCUUUGUAAGGGCUGUGAAAGGAUUCCGAGAAGAAUUGGCCGUGAGGAAGGGGGAAGGAGAGAUAGAAGAAGGGCAGAUAAAGAAAGGGAGAGGUAUAGACUGGAGAGUCUCGUUCAAGGGGGAAACGAAUCUCGGACUUAUUUUGUCUAAAGACAAUAAUAUGCUGUUUGCUACUGACGACAUGACGAUAGCAUACGACAACGACACAGGGCUGUCAAUAGUCUGGAGUCAGUUGAAGAUGAUACUCAAUGGUGAUGAGGUGGUGACUGUCGAGGGUUACUGUCAGGAGCGCGUACGAGACGACCCCGAUGUCAGGGUCGAGAGGAAGGCCAAUGAGGGCUUCGUGCUGAUGUGGAAUAAGGUGUGGUCAGUAAACGUGGACUCAGUGCGUAUAGUGUUUCCGUUCAAGCAUCGUUUCGCGGAGGCGGUGCAAGGAGAUUUCGUCUCUCUUUUCAAGUGGAUAAAGUUGGUCCACGGUAUCAAGAAGAAGCCGUUCACUUCUGACAGCCCUCUGCCGAGUGAUUUGCACAUCAAGAUCGAAGAAGUAUUGAUAGAAAUGAGUGACGAUCCAUUCGAGGUGAAGCUGCGAGACAAUUACGAACUCCUUGAAGACGAAUACAAGGAAAGCCAACGACGAAGAACUAUGCUUGAUGCCAAGGUGCAAGAACUCUGCAAACCCCACUUAUUUCUACCAGCGGGGAAGAUAGAGGAACUGUAUUCAGCGUUGCGUCAGAAAGACGCUCAGAUCUACGUCCAACGUUGCCGCGCCGCACCACCGCCGCGGACUAGAUUAGUAGCGUGCUGUCUCACGCAAUUCCAACUGAUUGCCUUAGCUGACCCCUCCAUACAUGGCACGCAGAACGCCACGGAUACUCUGAGGGAUAUUGACUUUGACAGCCCCUGGCCAGAAGACGGCAUAGAGUUCACGACGCUCUGGUGCCGUAGCAUCAACCUGAGCUGUGCGCAGUGGCAGAUCCUGCUGAGAGACUUCCCGCAGCCGUUGUUGAAUAUGAACGACCUCAAGAUGUGGGGGACUGUGUUGGCUGCUGAAGAACAACCGCCUGCCAGAGCGGUCCGCACAGUGGUGAUAGACCAGGGCGCGCCGUGGGGCGGUCAAGAGCUGGAACGCAGCAUGAUGCCACUCAAGUGGUACUACGACCUGUGCUGCGAGAUGUCGCAGUACAGCUACGCCUUCGGACCCUGCUGGGAACCAGUUAUUGCGCAUUGCAAUCUUUCAUUCGACCAGGUAUCUCGACCAUCUUUGGAUCCAUCAGCGCCCUUGUCCUGGUGGGACAAGGUUCGGCUGCUGAUGCACGGCCGCCUGACAGCCAAGUGCGCCAAGUUCACGUGUCUGCUGCACGUGUCGCUGGACCCCUACAACACCACCGAGGAGAUGGAGCUGACUUGGACGGACCUCGUGCUGGACUGGACUAAUGGCAAACUGGGCUUCCUCGGCGAGCUGAACGUGUUCGUGCGCACGGCGAGCAAGUACGACGACUGCCGCGUGCUGCGCGUGCCGGCGCUGCGGCUGUCCGUGAAGCUGGGCUGGCAGUGCGUGGGCGAGCCGCGCGACCACCACGCCGUGGCGCCCUGCGCGCCCGGCCGCCUGCCCGAGUACUCCAGCAACCAGGAACAUGAUUCAUACAGAGCCUUCAGGUCGCAAGGGCUUGAUAUCCAUUUGAGCAUGGACACUAAACCUAUUGACAGAGAUGGACCUAUCCUACUGCUAUAUGGAAGCACUCUUAGGUGGUUUGAAAGCCUGAAGCUGAUUUUAUCCGGUAUAACCCGGCCGACGCGUCGCGGCCGUGUGUUCAAGAAUGUGCGCCCGCGCAAACCGCAGCUGUCCCGGCACUAUCGGAACGUCAGCGUUUCUUUAACGCUGCAUAAUUUGCAGGUAUUCUACUGGUCAUCGUCAUCGAUGCAGCGUGGCAUAGAGAUGUUGGGGGUCCGCGUGACAUGCGGGUCCAAACACCACUUGUCAUUGGUCCCAACCAACGACGGCCUGGUCCGAAGACCGCGGGCCAACUGGACCACGGUGUAUAUGAACUGUGACCUCAACGACGCUGAGAUCUGGCUCAAGACUCCUGCCGCGUUGCCUGAUGAUAAGGAUAGUGAUGAGAACUCGUCAGUGCUGGCGCCGGCCGCCAUGGAGAAGUGCUACUGCCUGUCGGUGCGGCGCGUGUCGUACGGCCGCGAGGCGGGCGGCGCGGGGGGCGCGGGCGGCGCGGGGGCGGCGCCCGCGCACCGCCUCGCCGUGCACGACCUGCGCGGCGCCUGGACCAAGCUCAAUAGAGAUCUGGCUUUUGCGCUCAUCGACACUUACAUCAAGACACAGCAAUUGAAGAAGAAUCUGUCCACCAAAGCGCUGAAGGAAGAAGAGAAACCAGCCACUUCUCCCAAGCACCAGAGAGAGUCGGAGGUUGUGUCGCCACCACCUUCCGCCUCCACGCAAAGCGGCAGCGGCCCCGGCGUGUGCGCAGAGGGUAUGCUAGCAGCCCUGGUCGCUGAAGCAGGGGGGGAUGCCCCCGUGGUGUUCAGCGACGAACUCAGCGGCGGCGCCGACACCGAGACCAGCCACCCGCGGCACGUGCUUGACGACGAUAAUGCGCAUACCGCCUGCCUCAUCGAGCUGGUGAACUCGCAAGUGGUGCUGAAGGGCUGCGAGACCCGCGGCUACGUGAUCCUGUGCGCGGCGCGCGCCGAGGUGCGGCAGCGCGUGCGGCGCGCGCCCGCCGCCACGGCGUGGAGCGGCGCGCUGUCCGCCAUGCAGUACUACGCCACCGUCAGCGCCGGCGAGCGGGACCAGCUCGACGAAAACAUCCAAUGGGUAUCAGUGGAGGAGAUAGAGGAGCGCUGGCAAGGGGCAGAGAUCAGUACUCUGCCAGACGUACCGCGUUUAGUGGGCAGCGGGCACUCGGCGGGCGGGGUCAUCGGCCGCACCGUAGGGCCCAGCGCCGACGCCGGCUUAGCUCAGCUACAAAGAAUAGUCUCCCGUUGCGCUAUGGAGUUCUAUUACAUAUCUCACGAGGAGGCGGAGACCAGCCGCAGCGGCGGCGCCAGCUGGGCGCAGACACAGGAGCCCUACGACUCUUUCACCUUGAUGCAUCAUGACCUGGACGUUUGCACUAAUUCUUUGCAGUACGCGAUGCUGCUGGACGUGGUUAACAACGUGGUGCUUCACGUGGAGCCGGAGCGCCGGCGCACACUGGAGCGGCGCGCGCGCAUGCGCUUCCAGCUGCAGCUGCAUCAGGACCAGGACCCGCGGCAACUCAUACACAAGCUGCAGACACAGGUCAGAGAAUCACUCGCAAGACUACGCCGACUCGAGAAGGAGUAUUACUUGAAGAACAGAUCAAUUACGACCAACGAUCCCGUUGCUAUUGCCGAGUUGAAGGCGCUUGACGAUCAGGUGAACGAGUGCAAGGAGGCGGUGUGGUCGCUGGGCGAGGAGCUGGACGGCAUGGUGCGCGCGUGGCGCGGCGCGGGCGGGCGCGGCGCGGCGCCGGCCGGGGACGCGCGCGCCGCGCCGCACCGCUACAACGAGAUCUGCUUCAAGAGCGCGCGCUGGCGCCUCACCGACGCCGACGGCCAGCUCGGCAUCGCCGACCUGCUGCUCACCAACUUCCUGUAUACGAAGACAUCACGCUCGGACGACUCGGUGGAACAUCAGCUGGAGCUUGGGUACGUGCGAGUCACCAACUUGCUUCCCAACGAACCGUUCCCUGAGGUACUGGCACCGCAAGCCCCAUCAGGCCGCGCCCCACUGGCCCGCCGCGCGGCGUUGCGUGUGUUUUGCAGAGAUCGCCCGCCCGUUGGUGGGAUAUCUGUCAAAGAACACUUUGAAGUCAACAUCGUGCCUAUACGGAUUGGACUAACAAAGAAGUUCUUCAACACGAUGCUGAAAUUCUGCUUCCCGGAGCGUGACCCGGACUCGAUAGAAGACGGGGAGGACGACGAAGGCACGCUUAGAGCCGGCGCGAGCACAGCAAGCCUUGUCUCUACCGGGUCUAAGAAGGCCAAGAAGAAGAAGGACUCUAACUCCAACUUCUACGUCAAGAGGGACAAGAAGGAUAAAGACGAUGUUGAGAAGAUGAAGGAGCGCGCAGAGAAGAACAAACUGUUCAUCUACAUCAAGAUCCCCGAGGUGCCAGUGCGUGUCUCCUACAAGGGUAGCAAGGAGAAGAACUUAGAAGACGUGAGGGACCUGCCCCUGGUGCUGCCUACCCUGGAGUACCACAACGUGACGUGGACCUGGCUCGACCUGCUGCUCGCCACCAAGAGCGACACUAGAAGGGAGAUUCUCUCGCAGACGAUCAGGCAGAAGCUGCAGCUGCACCGACGCACGCCCGCCGCUCCCGAGCCGCACGAGGAAGACAAGGUCAGGCUUCUGCUGGGAGAGAGGACUAUGCCCGACAGCAAACCGCAGAAGAAGAGCAUUCCAGGCGUGUUCAAGUUUUCCAAAUCAUAGCGUAAGGCAAGCAUUUAUUGAAAACAGACUUUAUUCGUAAGCGCACACAGUGAUAUUUACUAUAAGGACGACCUUAGUACUUCGUUAUAUAGAGGCUAGAUAUAUUUGAAUACUUUUCUAAUGAACAAUGUGAACUUUUUGAUUUUAGGUUGUAUAUCUUAAGGUUUCGUACUAUUUUACUAUAAUCUCUCAACGUUCCUAGUAUAGAUAGCUUAUAUUAAAUUGACUUGACUAUUAACCCGUUAUCUGUCGAGCCAGACAUAUUAGUGGUUAAAUAUAAUGUAAAAGGAGAUGGAUUGUUGUAAUAAAAACUGUUUUCUGAUGGUAUAUGUUAGCACAGGUUAAAAAUGUUUACGUAUGUGCAUUUCUCAGUCUGUAUAACUGUACUACGUGUAUUUACUAUGAACAAGCAAUAGAAACAAGAAGAUGGAAUAGUGGUAUAAGUUUAUCAUGUUUCUUACUUGUCGUGUGCGAAUGAGACAGACAGAGCGCGCUCCCUCACUCCUUAAUGGCUUACGGCCAUUUGGACUAAAGUGAGAUCCAAGGGGGGUGAGGUAAAUCAAGCUCGGCGCCGAUACAAUUUGGUGCGGGGCGGAAAGUGUCCGUUCUAUACGUAGUAUUUCUUUAUUCUAUGACCGUAUAUAAGAACUAAGCAUAUAUGUAUAAUUACUAUUGCCAAGCCCGCGUGAUGGUUUAAGGCCCGAUCUCCCUAUCCAUCCAUAGGGAAGGCCCGUGCCCCAGCAGUGGGGACGUUAAUGGGCUAUUGCCAAUGUUCCCGAUGGGAAUCGAACCUGGACCUCCAUAUUAUGACCCCAACGCUCUACCACGGAGGCUGUCAAUUGAAUAUUAAAACGUAUUAUUUAUUACAUUAGUCAGGAAAAUAUUUAUAACGAGUGUGGGGGGUUUUAAAUUAGAAUAUUGAGUUUGAGAGCUGGUGUGAUGAUGUCACAUGUAUAACCCGUGAUAGUACUGUUCGGAGAAUGCGUGACUUACAUGGUGAGGUCACGGGUUCGAAUCCUGGCUCGGGCUUUAAACCACUGAAUUCGACUUUGUGAGUUUGAAUUCAUGUUAAGUUUCGAGUCUACAUCUUAUAUUUUUUUCUAUUUUUGACUAAAGUGACUAUGUUUACACUUCUCUGGCUGUUGUGAAGAUCUUUCCCGUUAAGAAAAUAACUUCUAGACUAAUAGACCUUAUGUUUCUUACAGAUUUUUUUUCACUACUUUAAAAUAGUUCUAGGGGUUAGUUCAAAAGGCCACAUCGAAACAAUUCAUCUAAAAACGCAAAAUUGCAAUUUGACAUUGCGCAUAUAAAAGUAAGUGCGCAAUAUAAACAAAUGUCAAAUAGCAAUAUUGGCCUUAACCCCACGAUACGUUAUAGCGUAGGUAUGAAUGGAAUUGAUUACCUCUUAGUAUAUCCUACUAACAUAAUCAAUGUGCAAUAAACUAAUACAGUCAUUCGUAAUAAGAAGAUUUAUAAAAUAUAAUUUCCGUAUGCCAAUAUACGUGAUAAUCCAAAUCAAAAGAAACCAUAUCGCGGAAGGCGCUUGCGCCGUUAAGUCUUCCAUUUCUAUACACAAUCUUAUAACAUAAACAGCCUAUAUAAGUCCCACCGGAGGGGGUAACGAGCAUACUCCACCACGCUGCUCCAUUGAAGGUUAGUGGUGAUGUUUUUACAGCUAAUAACCCGGGAUAGCUUAUUGUGCAUUCUGGAGCACAGAAUCAUCUUACUUUUUGAACAAUCAGGAUGCAAUCUAUAUUUGAAAAUGGCCUAAGCGCAUCGAUAUGGGCCUUUUUGAUUUGGGUUAUCUAUCACAAAUAUAAACAGCCUAUAUAAGUCCUACUGCUGCACAGGCCUCUGAGUCUCCAGGGCAUGGAGUAUCUACACCACGCUGCUUCAAGGCGGGUUGGUGGAGGUGUUUUACGGAUAAAAGCCGGGACCAAUGGCUUAACGUGUCCUCCGAAUCACGGAAUCAUUUUACUUUUUCAGACAAUCCUUUCCAAACAGAGGACAGUCUCACAAAGUGAUUUCUGCAUUUUCCCCAUCGGGAAUCGAACUCGGACCUUCAGAUAGUGAGUCUAACGCUCUAACCACAAGACCAUGGAGGCUGUCUAUCACACAAAUAGCAUAUCACAUCCCACCUUUUAGGUCCCACCACAUUAUUUAUUAUAUAUAGGACACACUUCAAGAAUGCUCCAUCCAUCUUUGGACUUCGUAUCAACAGUGGCUGCAAGUUGUCUUUGAUUACUUGUGGCUCUGCCCACCCCAUUAGGGAUUACGGGCGUGAGUUUAUGUAUGUAUGUUCAAGAAUGCUAUGGAAAAAUAUGAUAUUUCAUUUGAUCUUAUUAUAUAAAAAUGAAUUGCUGUUCGUUGGUUUCGUUAAAACUAGAAAACGGCUGAACCGAUUUGGCUAAUUUUAGUAUUGAAAUAUUCGAGGGAAGGUUUAAACGGUGAGAAAAUAUGGACAAGGGUGAUACGAAGUUUUGGUGAACUUCUGAUGACCUGGUGGUCAUCUUGUAAGUAACAAAUUGGUAGAAUUGGUUAUAAAUAGAUUUUAAAAAUUAUGUUUCGGUUAAGGAAUUUAUGAUCAAAUAAUCAUUUGCAAGUUAAGAGUUUUGAUUAGGCUUAAAGAAAAACGAAAGUCGAAUGGGUUGUCUUAAGUAGUUUUUUUACUGUAGUUUUUCAAUAAUAACCAAUGAUGUGCCGUCCCCGGGAAUGUUUCCAAAGUGGGAAUAUUCCUAUUGUAAAAUCUCUUUCUUUCGGUUUUUUUUUUCAAAUUGUUUUUUCUUGUGCUCUUAUCUUGUCUGUCUCAUCAUAAGUAAGUAAGUAAGUAAAAUAUUUAUUAUUCAUAAAAAAUACAGAAAAAUUUGUUACACUAAAACCCCACAAAACCAAUUCCUCGGUUUGUCUGUGGGAGUGGAGUUCGCUUAGUUAUUAUGUCUUAAAAUACUUACAGUUAACUUAAUGCUAAGAGAUCUUUUUCAUAAGAUGUUUAAAUAAAGAUUUACUAAAUUUAUUUAUAUUGCACUCCUGACGUAUGUCGACCGGCAGCAUGUUGUACAGAUACGGUAUUCGUUUACGGAGUGUUCUGUUACCGAAGUAGUUGUUGACUCGUGGUACAACAUACCUGCCCGUCGACAAGGUCCGCGUACAAUCAUCUCCCUAGCAUUAUCCCGUUUCUCACAGGGUCCGCUUACCUAACCUGAAGAUUUGACAGCUUUGGUUUUUCACAGAAGCGACUGUGCGUCUGACCUUCUAAUCCGCGAAGGGAAAACCACCCCAAUACAGGUUAGGUUAGAAAAUGCAUUUCUUGGGAAUGUGGAUUUCCUCACUAUGAUCCUAUCUGCCUAAUGACUAGAAAAUAAAAGCUCUUGUAUUGUACUUUGUGUCUAUUGUGCUCAAUAAAGUAUUUUAUCUAUCUAUCUAUCUCUCUAUCUAUCUAUCUAUCUCUCUAUCUAUCUAUCUAUCUCUUUUUACAUAACUUUUGCGCCUUUUUCACUGUCAAGUUGCGAAAAUUCCCAGAAACGGCACAUUACUGGUAAUAACCCCCGAUACCAGGGAUGGUAAGGUCGGUCAUUGACCUAAGAAACCACAUACGAGAGAUGAAGGAGAUAUAUUUUCUAUAAAUUGAUAUUUUUGAUGUGUAAGUUACGCUCUUUGUCUUCUAUUUAUGUAAUCACACUGAAAGGAAAAAAUAAUAAAAAAAAAAUACCCGACUGUUUGAAAGGAGUAUAGUGUUAGGGCGGUAUUAAUAAACUAAUCUCAGCUGAGACUGAUCAAGAUCAUGCUCAAGUCCCUGUUUUUAUAUAAGAACUGUCACAUUGACAUGAUCUUGAGGGCAGUCUCGAAGUUGAGAAUAGAUUAUUAACGCCCGUAAUCAUCAUCAUUAAUUUAAGAGCAACGCUCUUCUAGGUGUAGCAUUCUCCAUGCUACUUUUUUAGGGAAAAAUAGGGCAGUGGUUUCCCUCUUGCCUUCCUAAUUAAUGUAUGAUAAUAUUUAUUAUCUAUAUCUUUCUGUUGAUUAUGUUUAUUUACUUAUAUUUUAUUUAACAGUUUGAUGUACACAGAACAGGAUAUAAAAACAAUUAAGACUGAUACAAGACAGACAAAUGGUUCAGCUUAUUUCUAGUAGAAAUCUCAUCAUGUUUAGUUACUAUUUCUACUUAUUCUGAUUAAUACAUUUUAUCGUCAGUUCUAAAAGUGUUAUCGAAGUAUUUCGUGAGUUCGCGAUCUAAGCGGUCGUUGUCGUAUCCUUUUGCAGUCGGGUAACAAAAACUAGUGAUGUAAGUUUGGCAAAAAAUGUAUAAUUUUUAAGGGAUUACCUAUUCAAGACUGUAUUCUCAUUAGAUAAGGCUGGAAUCAGGUAUGAAUAAAAUUAUAAAACUUUACGUAUGGUUAUUUUACACACUCGAAAAUUAAUGAAUUCGUUUCGAAAUAAUAGAUUUACUUGCCUAGUAGGUCGAUUUUUGUUUUCAAUUGUUGUAUUAGUGGAAAUAUGGAUCGGAGGCUAAGGGGCAGAAGAAAAAAUAAUCUUUUUGUCAUAAAAAAUCUGAAAUAAAAAAAAUAUUAUCUACUAUUGUGUUGUACAAUUUCAAUCCAAGUACCCCCUAAACCUAAUAUAAAAAAAAUAUAUUAAAAUUUGGCAUACCGAAAUUGGGCCCCAAAAAAUUUAUUUGUGUAAAAGGCCCAAUGUAUUUUGUUUAUAUUACGAAUCAGUUAAUCUGAUGAUGACGAAAUUAUAGUUAAAUAACUUUAGUAUUAAAAUGUGUUUUACGAAUAUCUGAAAAUCGUUGAACAUGUUAGCAGUGAUGCGCCGAAUAGUGAUUUAACCGAAUAUUUAUCGAUUAGGCUAUUGCCUUAUCGAAUAUGUUUAUGGUAAAUCUUCAAAGAGUAUGCAGUUUUGCUGAAACACUGAAAAUGUGAGAAAGCAAGCAACUAAAAUUACUAGUUUCUAUUCGUAAGUAUGUCGUGGUUUUUUAUCGAAUACCAAUCGAAUAUUCGGCGUAUCUCUAGUUCUCUACAUUAUAAGUUAAGAUUAAAGACGGAACUUGUAAAACAAUCAUAAUGGAGCAGUAUUCCUGAAUUUUGUAAGCGAAGUUUUAUACUUUACCUGUUUUAUGGUUACGAGUAUUACAAUUCUUAUUUAUUAAACGUUAUAAAUCGUAAA